AUGCCUAGCAUAGCUCGGCCUCGGCCUGGCUUCACUUUAGAGCAGCUUUUGGGAAGCCCACACGCGUGGAGUGAGGAGCCUCCUUUUCCCGCGGGUCCUGCAGGACAGCACUUCUGCUGUGUCUGUGACGGUAAUGCCAGGCUGGUCACUGUUACACAAGCCGUUGAGAGUCUCAUCAUUCAAGCUGCCUCUCGGGCGACUUGGCUCGACCGGGAUGUCUUCGGAUACCAAAUUCCAGACCCGAGCGUACGCGACGCUGCGAUUCGCGGUUGUCUAUGCCAAGACGUCCGCAUCUUGCACGCUUGGGAAGCAGGAGAAGAUGCGCGCAAUACAGUGCUUGGGAUCGUUGAUUGUCGCGCUAUGCUACAAGGCUGGAGCGUUGUGGCGACCGUUGGGGGUCGCGUUCGACAUGCUGAUCUUGUUGCUGAAAUAGGGCAUUUCACUCCCGAUGGGUGGCAGGUUCAGCUUGAUGACAUCACUAUGGAUGGCGAGUGGAUUCAGAUUUUCCCAGGUGGGGUUAUUGUUGCUUCAUUCGUGCCGCUGUCUUCAGAGGAAGAACUCGGUUCCCCUACUCAGCGUAACCACCCCCGUGCUUUUGAGGUACCAGCAGGUGCCCCGGAUGUUGCUCUGUCAACUUCUUAUGCCUCUCCCACGCGCGCAGCGUCAGAUAACGAUAGCAUCCGCAGUCGUUCUCCAAGACAUGGUACCCGUGACCAUAGGGUCUUGUUGCGCACCUUUACGUCUGCAGGCUGCCUGUUUGGCGCUGUGGCUGUGCAAUGCGUGGAACCGGCCCAGGGUGUGCCUCUGCCUUCCGGUGGUCUCACAGGUGAUGGUCAUCUCACUUGGUUCCUGGUAGCUGGUUUUCUUGUGCUCUGUUCUGCUCUUGGCAUUGCAUGGCGUGCCUCUUGGCUUCCCGGCGCUGUUUUUCGACAGCGGCCCGUGAUGUGUUGGAAUGCCUUACGCCGGUGCAAAUUACUCACAGAGCCAAAGGUUUCUUCCAUGCUUGAGCAAGCCGUUUUCGAUGAGUUGCGUCAUCUAGCGGAUUCGAUCGGAUUGCCAUGGCCCUAUCUGCGAUCGGUUUUUGUGCAUGGCUUUCCUGGUGACUCUGCCGAACUUGCCACGCGUGCUGCUGCUGACUCUCCCACGGAAAUGCCUUGUGCGAUACUGGUGCCUGAUUUCCGUCCUGAACGUGUCACAGUACAUGAUGUUCUGCCCAUCGACACUGAUCGACUGUUGUCACUUGUUCAGGCUCAGCGCGAGCCCUUGCAAGUUGAACGCUUUCCUUUCCUCGUUGCAGUGGUGCCGCAGCCGCAACCUCAAUGGGGUCUUUUCGUAGCUGCACCGGUGUGGGCGCCUCGGCACCCUCUGGUGGUGUUUGAUCUUCUGGCACUUGAUGGUCGCAUCUUUACUCUGCAUGUCCCUCUCGUAGCACCGGUGCAUUUCCUCUUGAGACUCGCCAGAGUUCCACCUGGAGUUGCGGUGAAUGUUGUGGUUGGGUUUGAAGUCGCACCUGCACCCCUAGACAGGGAGCUUCGUCUGCUGCAAGGCCAAUGUAUUACUUUCACACCUGCCCAUCUCCUCCCACCGCCUGUGAGCACUAUCGACACCAUGCUCUUGUCAGCUACUGGAUGGGGCCAGGGGGCUGCCUUCCACGGUGUGCGGGACGUUGUUGGCUACUGUCUCGCCACAGAAGGCAAUAGCCUGCGGUUUGUUCCUGAUCCGGGACGCCCUUGGGCUUUCAGACGAGAUCUCGCCCGCGAGUGUCAUAUGCCAGAAGAUGCUUGUGUGGUAGUGCCCUCCCAACCUGCGGUGUUGGAUUGUCAGAUCAAUGGGGUAGCAUGCCGAACGGUUUUGAGUGUCAUCCGACGUCGUCCAGCUCUUGGUCAGGAUUGGAUGCCCGUUGCCGUCGAUUGUCGUGCUAUCAUGCAGGGCUGGACGGUCUGUAUUGCACGACAGGGUCUUGUAAGGAUCGCUGAGCUUGAGCAGGAGUUGGGCGAGUUCGCGCCUCUCUUUUGGAAGCUUGAGGUUGUAGGCCCUAGGCCCGAUUCUGGAGUUAGGCCUGUUGUUCAGGGUGAGGUUCUGGUAGUCGUGUAUGUGCCUGAUCUUGACGAUGCCCAUGGUGAUCAUCCCGUCGGGACUGCUGUGCCGGAUGCUACACCCCCACCUGACGAGAUUGAGGCACCAUUGCAUGACAUACCCAGACGUGAUCACAGCGUCGUGCAGCAACGGGGUGCGGCCUCAAACGGGCCUGCUCGUGGCAUUGAUCGGACUGCUUCGGUACGAGAUGUCACUCACAGGGCUGAUGCUGUCCUUGAUUCUGGUGUUGCCUGUUGCACCUUCUCCUGGAUUGAUGUCCUGCAGCGCGUGAGUCGAGUAGUUAAGUGGCAACAAGCAGGUUGCAUUUGCUUGGUGUUCACCUCUAUCCUCCUCCGUGUCUGCGGCACAAGCGUCAGUAACCCCAUCGUAUGUGCAUUCCUUCUGCAGAUUCUGUUCUUGUCUGGUUCCCCUGACGGAAGGGCCCUCAUUCCCAGACUUGUGAUGGGAAGUCACAGAUGGAUUGUCCUGAUACUCCUGAUUUCGGUCUAUGUGCUACCUGGUGCGGAGGCGGCAUCUCACACUGCAGCGCACCGUACAGGAGGAUUGGCGCCUGAGGACAUUGCUGCAGCUCUGGCUUGCAGUGUGGCAAGACCGAUUGCUACCCCGUGUCGUGGCCGCGACCGGCGUGCUUCUGUUCGACCUUUGCCUCGCUCCUUGCGUUUGGCUCGUGGGGUAAGUACGCCCUACACAGCGUCGUGUGCAGAUCUUGGUGUGCCCGAAAUUGGGGCCCAACCUACGCUUCUUGAGGAAAGCGUCCGGCUGAGCCAGGGCCGUCCAUUCUAUCUUGCUGCCACCCUACUCGAUGUUCUCCUAGAGGACGAGACAGCUAAACGUAUGCAAGGCGCGACUUCACUGACCAUGCACGACGGGGUUGCACGAGGUGAUGUUGCGUCUGCUGGAGGCGGUGUCGCUGCCCUGGCUCGUGCCGAGCCAUCAGCUGCCACGGAUACCUUCACCUUGUGCCUAGAUGACGCACUCCCGCGCACGCCAUGUUCCACGCCUUGUUCCACGGAACAUUUUAAUCUUGACUGUGGUCAAUGUGCACUCCCCUUCGACCCAGCCCUCCUUGAUGUGCUUCGUUCAGGCUUCGCCUUUUCCCAGUUGGGGCGCGUUCCUGCUCGUGUACCCAAGCCAGGCCGCUUUGAUACCUGGAUCCGGGAAGGCUUGCCUGGAAGCUCUCCUGAGCCUGCCUCUGAUCUCGUCAUUACCACCGACGGUGCCUACUUGCCUCAUUCUGGCCAGGCUGGCUGGGCUGUCGUUGUCAGCGCGAGGUCUCGUGGUGCCCCUCUGCCCGGGCGCUUUCUUGGAUGCUUCUUCGGCCCCUUCUUGCCUGUGGGCCUUUGUGCUGAGUGUGGUGUGGCACCAGCCAACGCAUACCUUGCUGAGACGGUCGGUUUGCUUUGGGCGGCGGUUCUUGGCUUUAAGUUGCAUCAUUGCGGACGGAUUCUCUUUCGCGCUGAUUGCCAGUCUGCCAUUGAAGGGGUGAGUGGCAGUGUGAACACUGCUCCAGACCCCAUCUGUAUAGCUUCCCGGUCCUUUCACCUCGCUCUGCGUGCCUUGCGUGGCGACGUGGCUGAGUAUGCGCAUGUCCGUGGGCAUGAUGGUGAUCCUGCAAAUGAGCUUGCUGAUGGCCUUGCAGGCAUCGGUGCACUUGGGCGGUGUAAUGCGCAGGCUCUCGCCUUUGAUAUUGCUCCAUGGUUGCGACAAGGAGCCUCUGCUGCUAAGUGGCUGCCACAUGCGUGUCUCAGCCUCGCUCAGGCUGACACACUUCCGGCUCUGCAGUCGGGUGUCUUCAGCUGGUCACUCCAACAGCCUGCUUCUCGGAUUGACCCGAGCCUUAUGAUGCGUCCUUUUGCUCGGACCUUGCUGGCCACUUCUGCUGCUAGUGACAAGGCUCGUGCCACCCGCACAUUUUCUUGGACCAUGGCCUCAUUUAACGCCCUCUCGUUACAGGAUGCGAAGGAUCCCGGCGUGGGUAUAGGCUCAGGCCUCUAUGGCGCUGCUGGGAGGAUCGGUCUUCUUGACGGUACCCUGAACGAAAAAGGAAUCUUUUUGCUUGGUGUACAGGAGGCUAGAACUCCGACGGGAUCUGCGACAUCCGAGCAUUAUCAGAGAUAUUGCUCGGGCUGCACCUCCGAAGGGCAGUUUGGCAUUGAAUUGUGGAUCGCUUCAGGCGGUGACUGGCCUAGUCAUCGUGUUGUGGUAGUGCAUGCCUGCCCCACUCGUUUGAUUGCCCGGUUGUCUCUGCUAGGCCAGCAGUACAUGGUUGCAGUUUGUCACGCACCUCACCGCUCCCAUGAUGAGAAGCACAAGCAACAGUGGUGGGAGGCCACGAUUACUGUCUGUCGCUCUGCUGGCGCAGGGCUUUCGUGGUUGCUUCUUUUUGAUGCCAACUGUCGGCUGGGUGAUGUCGUGUCUGAUCAUGAGAUCUUGACUUGUGCUCCCCGGGUUGGGUGGCACGUCAACAUUAAUGAUCAUGCUGCGGUUCUCAAUGAGUAUCUCUUCUCUGAGUUUGCUCGGGACUUCCCUCUACGUGCCAGACGUAUGCGUGCGUCUUUCAUUUCUGAGGACACAGCGGCCCUCCACGCCACACUUGCCAAUUUGCGGCAUGCUGUGCGUAAUCGGAUGGUUGCUUUAGACAAUGCUCGGCUGCGAUGUGCCUUUCUUGCUUGGCGGCCCGACCAGCCUAGCUUCGACCAACUUUUCUCUGGUGCCUGGCUGCAGCAGCUCUUCGGGGUCAUUGAAGCCCUUGCUGCCCGCAUCAGGGAGGUUGGCAAGGAGUUGCGCAAGCGGUGCAGACAGGACAAGCGUGCCUAUCUAGAACAGCUUGCUGACGGAGUUGAAAUUGCUCUACCAGGGGACGCCCAGACGGCUCAGAAUCCCGUGCACGAAUCCCUGCGGUGUGCCGAACUCCCUGAUCUAGGGCAACUUCGGGACGUCUUUCGGUCGGUUAGUCCGAUGAAAGCUACGGGGCCUGACGGCCUACCUCCGGUCAUGUGCAGGCAUUUCUCGACACCACUCUCGCUCCUGUUCUGGCCGGUUUUGAUGAAGAUGCUUUGUUUCGGUUCUGAACCUGCGGGCUACAAGGGUGGUACCUUAUAUCACAUCGCGAAACCGGGAGCUGCCAUUAAGGGUGUCUGUGACGCAGAGAGGGGCAUUUUGGUUCAGCAUACCCUCGAGAAGGUGAUGCACAAGGCCCUGCGCCCGCUGUCUUCCCAGCUGCUUGAGCAGCGUGCCGCGCCUCUCCAACUUGGAGGACGUAAGGGGCUGAGUCAUGCUAUGGGAUUUUACUGCUCCAGACUGUUUAUGGAUGCCAUGCGAGCACAGUCCCGAUCGAGUGCCAUCCUCUUCUGCGACCUAGCCGCCGCUUACUAUGCUGUGGUGCGCGAGACUUUGCUUGGAUGUGGUGCUCAUCAGGCAUCUAUCUCCGAUAUUGCUGCGUCGCUGCAUCUGUCCGACGACGAUUUGCAGGCAUUGCAGUUCUAUACGUCGGAAGAACCAGUCCUCAGUGGCCCUGAUGGCAGCGAUCUGUUGCGCUCGAUUGCUCGCGAGCUUCAUUCCCAGACUUGGUUCGUCAUGCACCAGGACUCGCAGAUGAUAAUGACUCGUCGAGGAACUAGGCCCGGCUCCUCAUGGGCCGACUCGCUUUUCAGCCUGCUGUUUGUCCGUGUUCUUCACCGACGAGGCAACUUUCAGGAUGCGGGUCUUCAGCCAAGGCUGACCUGGUCGGGCCGACGGGAGCCUUUUCCGUCCCGUGCCGGCACUUGUUCCGCACCGUCCAUUGCCAUACAGGACAUCAUAUUCGCUGACGAUUUGGCGACUUGCGUCUGGGCGGAGCGUGCCGCCGCUCUCCCCGGCGCAGUACGGCACGUCGCGGGUUGUUCCAUUGACACCCUGCGUAAUCAUGCGCUGCGCCCCAAUAUUGCGCCAAAGAAGACAGCUGCACUGCUUGCGCCUGUCGGCGGUGGCGCCAAGGCUAUGCGUGAGGCCACUUUUACUGUUGGGCGUGGGAAGCUCACAGUUCUUUGUGAGACUUCCGGGCCGGUGAUCAUGGAUGCUGUCGCCAGCUAUCGACAUUUGGGGUCAGUGCUUAUGCACAACGGCUCCCUCACUGCGGAAGCCAGAGCUCGGGUGCAAUGCGGCUGGCAGCUGUUCCGUGAAGGAAAAACGCACUGUGCAGGAGCAUGGCCGUUCUUUUGCAAAACGGGAUGGCGAGUCCUUGAGUCUUGCUACUUCUGCAUGUUGCGUUCCAUGAUUCGCAUUCCUCGUGAUGCAGAUCAGCAUUGGUCGGAGGCUCGAGUGUUGGCUGAGGUGGGUCUUCCUUGUCUUCGUGGCUUGAUUGCUGUUGAGCGACUUCGGUUCUUAGCUCAGCUCUGGCGUUCCGGGCCCGAUGAGGCGUUUGCCCUGAUCCAGCACUCGUCUAGAGCGAUCGCGGCAUUUGAGGAUGCUGCGACGUGGAUGCUUGAGGCUGUUUCUGCCACCACUUGCUUGGGUCCUCUUCGAGACAAUUGGGACUCAUGGACUUCGUUAUUUGGUGCUCCUGGUCGUCUCAAGGGCAUACUUCGCCGUGCUUCUGCUUGGCAUGUUGCACGACUGCGUGCGCGGGCCGCCUUCGAGAAGUUCUGCGUUCGGACUUGGGCUCCUUUGCCCCCUCCUCCUGUAGCGCUUGAAACCGCUGACAACGCCUGCCUUGUCUGCGGUAUUGCUUUCUUUGAUGAGCACGCAUGGUCCGCACAUGCGGUGCGAGCGCAUGGUUUUCGCUCCCGGGCUCGGCGUUUUGCAGUUGGCAUCCGGUGUCGCGCCUGUGGUACUGGUUUCAUCGAUGUCAAGCGCCAUCGGUGGCACCUUAAGACCUCUGUUCGUUGCUGUCAAGCCGUCGAAUGGAACUUUGCCGGUCUCCUUGAGCCUGAUCUAUCCUCGCCGCGUCAUGCCCAGAGUGUGCGCUCCGAGGGUUUUGGUGUUGAUCACCUUCCCGCCAUUCGACCUGUGAUCGCUGUUGCGUUGCUCGAGCGAUUACGGAUCGCUCGUCCGCAGUCCGAUACUGAGAUCUUUGAGAUUGUGAGGGAGACGAUUGAGCCAUUUCAGGUUCUGCGUAACACCUUGCAGUGGUGGAUCAAUGAGCUCCCCUGUUCUGCACUGCGUGAACAGGCUGAGGAUGUUCUUCUGUGUAUGCAGGUUGACCUUCAUUGUGACUUGGCUUCACGGAUGCCGCGUGACCGGUCCUCUGUUCCGGUCUCCUUUGCUCCACAGCUGACCCCUUUUGGGCCUCUCCGCUGCUGCCGCUCUGGGCAGUUGGUGUUUGUCGGCACUUCGGAGCUUCCUGCUGGAAAUGCCUUUUCGCACCCUAACCUGGUUCGGCGAUUCCUGGAUUUCUCUGACGCCCACCCUGAUUUGGACGGGAUUGCUGCUCUGGUCCUUGUGGUACCUCCGGCUCCCGUUCCGCUUCGGCUCCUCUGGGAGCCUGCCUCCUGCACACUCCGUGCCUUGCGGGCUUAUCUCCCCUGGCUGUCUUCCCUCCUGUCUUGGACUUCAGCUCUGAUUGCCCUUGCCAGUCUGGGACGGCCAUGCUCGGUCACGUUUUCGUGUCCUCGUGAGGUUGCAGGCUCGCUCACCGAGUGGCUUGACUUGUCAUGCCGCUUGUCGCCGGGCGUUGUCUCCCUCCUUGCCGGUUUCACCUGA